AUUUUCGCUUUCCUCCAUCCUUUUUUUUUUAACUUAAAAAGGCAAAACACACUGUUUAGCACCACAACCUCUGACUUUCUUUUUAAUGUUGAUUCAUCCAUUCAUUCGUUCAAACACAAAAUCCUCACUAAUUAUUGCUUCACAGCUUCAGCUUCUGUUGGUGCUCUUGCUCUUGCUUCCCCAUAAUUGUCUGCCAUCUCUCUCUCCUUCUUCUCUCUCUCUACAUAUUUAUGGCUCCUUAUAAUUGUACUUUCACCUACUGCUCCUUUUAGUAGUAAAAACUAGGAGAGAGUAAAGAGUACCAUACUUGCCCACUUGCUGGCUUGCUCUCUCUUCUCUCUGUGGUGUGGAUAUGUGUUUCUCUUCAUCUUUUCAAGUUUUUUCAACCCUUUUGUUGCUGCAACCAGCACUGAAAUUCAGCAUCAUCUGAGGCUACUUCCCUUCUUUUGCUCCCUCCCCAAAAGUGGAUUUCUUUCUGGUUUCCUCCAUGAAGCGAACUUCUCUUCUCUCGGGCUCAGAUUCCAUUAUCACUCCCGUGUAAGCUACUUUACUUUUCUUCCAAAGCCCAGUCUUUUCUUCCCUUUCUCUCUUUUCUUGGUGUAAUUUGGUUUGUACUUUGUUGGGUUUGUGAUGAAUCUCUGUGUUUCUGAGUCAUGGUUGCUGAGAUUUAUGUUGAUGUCCCCAAAAUUUGUUCAAUUCUGACAUCUUAUCCUGUUCCCUAUGUUGUGUUUUCACUUUUCUGAUGUGGGUUUUCUUUGUUUCACCUUUGCCAUUCUUUUCUGCUUCUCCUUUGAAAUUGAAGUGCUAAAGCUAACCCGGGCUCUUUGUUCUAUUCGCUUAGACUUGGUCAGAUUCACUAACCCUUUCUGCUCAAACAGUUUACUGGUAGUACAGCAGAAAGCUGGUUGAGCUUGUUAUAUCUUUCAAAAGCUUUGACCUUUAUCAGCUGAGUAAUGAAUGAUGUGGUUGAGGUUCUUUGUGCUUGUUGUAGUUGGAGAUUCAGUGGCUGUUUGAAUACUGUCUUGUGUAGUGGCUCAUCUAUACUCAACCUCUGAUCUGAGAUCAACCAAUGGUCUAGCAUCUGGGGUUGAAACAUUUUCCAAAUCAUCAGCUUCAUGCUUAUCAGGAAGCAUGAAGAAAUCUGGGUAGGAGUAGGCCCUCUAUGCUGUUUGUUUUUGCUGUUCCGUAAUCAUGAAACUGCUCCAUAAUUGGACUAGUUCUCAUUCUUAAGUAGUAAAUUCAAUUCUAUGCUGUUGAAUUCUAUGCUUUCUCCAAUUACUAUAUAGUUCCAGCCAGAAAUGACAUCUAUCUGGUGUCUUUGAUCUUCUGAGUUCUCUACCUCUAGUUUCGGCUGUAUUUCUCAUAUAUCGGUUUGAUAAGAGAUCUUCAACAAGCAUUGUAUUGGUAGUGGUGGUGUAAACGAUGGAUCGGCUGCACUAGAUAGAGGAUAGGAGUGAUAUACUCGAACAUAGUUGAUAUAGCUGGCUGUAAGUUGGUGCAGAACCAGUUGGACGGAUAAGGAUGGAGAACAUGUCUAGCAAUGGAGAAUGUUUUAUUAAGAGAAAAUUCUUAACAAAGGUGAGCAUUGCAGCAUUGUAUAUGCCUGUGAAGUCCAGAUGUUGCAGUUGAUCUUAGGACUCUCAGACUCUGGCUAUUUCGUCGCAUGAUCUCUUACCUCUAUGUCACCAUUAGCUCUCUUAAGUCUUAAUGACGUCUUCCCUUUGUUGCUAACUGCUUGUUCAAGGUUUCUUCCCAAGACUGAUCUUUCUGCUAUCUGAUAUAGAUACAGACAGUGCAUUAAGAUUCAAAAGAGGCGAGUUAAAUGUAGUUUCACUUUGAAGAACCUACAGCUAGGGCACACUAUGUAGUGUCUCCUUUAUCGAAUCAUCCUAUGUGUGCGAUGUUCAACGUUUCAACUUGUGGAUCACUAGCCUGAUGUUUCUGUAAUGUGACCAUCUCUAGUAGCGGAGAUGAGCUGAAGCUCAAUGGUCACUUCUUUUAUGGAACUGAUUGACCAAACAUCAUUUAUGAUAUAGAUGGUAGAAAUGCUUUUUUAAGGGUGUGCAGUGCAGAUGAUUUGGUACUUCCAUUGCUCGUUAUGUAUUUCGUAUCCGUGAUGGAACGCUCAGUGCUUAGACUACAGCCAUGCGCUUUGGAACCCAUAUCAGCUGAGGUUUUUCCCCAUUCACAAUAUAACUGAUGACAUUUCAUUCUCUAAUUGCAGCUGAGAGUGGCCUAAUCACUGUUGCCUUGAAUUCCCAUUGUUGAGAAAGCAUUCAAGACACCAUUUUCGACGCAGUCAUGCAGCAACAUCCCAACUCCAAGUUCGACUCGGAGUAUGAGUCUGAUCAUGAAAGCAGCAGCCAAGUAGCAUCAUCCAACUUAUCUGCUAGCGAACCUUCACCGGACCCCUCCAAGGACACCACCACCCUCUCGUCCUCCUCGCUCCCCCUCGACCUCGACCUCUCCCUUCAACUGCAGCACUCCCAAGACCCCGCCCACCUCAAACCACCAAUAGCAGAACAUGACCCGAACAAUGCAUCCGCCCCUCCUACACCACCACCUGGAGCCGGUGUCCAGCCGCGGGUCUUCUCCUGCAACUACUGCAGGCGCAAGUUCUACAGCUCGCAGGCGCUGGGUGGCCACCAGAAUGCCCACAAGCGCGAGCGAACCAUAGCGAAGCGAGCAAUGCGGAUGGGGAUCUUCUCCGACAGGUACAACAGCUUGGCCUCCCUGCCCUUGCACGGAGUCUCCGCAUUUCGCAACCUCGGCAUCAAGGCUCAUUCCGCUACUCAUCACAGCAACAUGAUCCCCUUCCAGAGGAUGCCGCCACAGGCACAACCGCAUCCCCAGCAGCAGCCACUGUCCGCGGCUCGAUUCGAGCAGAGCUACUACGGGGUGCCCGUGCUGACGACGACGACGGAGGAGGACGAUGUAGGGCUGUAUUGGCCUGGGAGCUUCCGGCAGGUUGUUGCCACCGGUGGAGCAGUCAGUAUCCCCGCCGCUAAUAAUCACAACAACAAUAAUCAGUUCGGUCAUUUACAGUAUGCUGAGAGGCGGCUAAACAGCAAUAGCACUAGUAGUUUUGUUGCCAUGGAAGUCCCGGAUUCUUCAUCUCUGGCGCCGGAUCUAACACUCAAGCUAUGAACUUGGAUCUUGAUUUUGUUUGGGUUAGAUGUAAGUUGAUUGUUGUGACUUGUGAGAUCUCUUUGUACAGUGAGAUACCCAAUUUGCUUCGUCUUGUAUCAGAAUGAGUUUGCUUCACUGAUUUCAUUUUUGUUCUUGGUGAGCUUAGUGACCAUUUUCAUACACAUAAUUUAUCUAUAAACAACAACCACAUCA